AUGCAGGCUGAAAGAACUACUUCACAUUGGGUUUUGUGCCUUUUUACUCAAGCCUGGAGUGUUUGUGCGAUUGACAAUCUGCUCUCGAUGAGUCAACCAACGACCAAGACAGACGGGUCCACAGCCGCUUUCCAUGCGACGUGA